UCCGCCAUCCAUUACAGAGCGAGUCACCCUGGAAGCCUUCCGGAACGGCUACCGACACGUGGACUCGGCCAUCAUGUACCGAAACGAAAAGGGCUGCGGGCAGGCGAUUUACAAUUGCGCGCUCGACCGGUCACAGAUCUUCUUCACGACCAAGAUCCCACCGGAAGCGAUGGGAUACGAACGGACAAGAAGGGCGAUAGCGAAGAGCCUGAGAGAGGGAGGACAGGAAUACUUUGAUUUGAUUCUUAUUCACGCUCCCUAUGGCGGCAAAGAGGCGCGUCUGGGCUCGUGGCGCGCACUGGUCGAAGCACAGCAAGCCGGAAAAGUACGCUCGAUCGGCGUGUCGAACUACGGAAUCCACCAUCUCGAAGAGCUGCAAGCGUACAUCGAUGCCGGGGGUGGGGGCAAGAUCGACGUCGGGCAGUACGAGCUGCAUCCGUGGCUGGCGCGGCGGGAGAUCGUUGCCUGGCUGCGUGCCCAUCACGUCGUCGUCGAGGCGUACUCACCUCUGGCGCAUGGGACGCGGAUGAACGAGUCAGUGUUGAAGCAGCUCGGGGCGAAGUUUGACAAGUCUCCGGCGCAGAUUAUGAUCCGGUGGAGUUUGCAGAUGGGCUUUGUUCCGCUGCCAAAAUCGGUGACGCCCUCACGCAUCGGGGAGAACAAGGAAGUCUUUGAUUUUGAGCUGAGCGUGGAAGAUAUGCAGAGGCUGGAUACGGGGGAUUAUGCACCGACAGACUGGGAUCCCACUGUGGAUUAUGAUUAGUUGGUGGUCAUCGUUGUCUAUACUAGGUAAAACAGGACAGAUGUAGACUCACAGGUACUAGGUGUACCAAGUCACUUGGAAAUGCAUUUAAUGCUCCCCU